GGAUUAAGGCAUGAUCAUUGUUUUUGCUGUAUAAAGAAGCAAGUGUUUGUUUAGUUGAGGAUUUUUCACAAUAUUUUCUAAUCAUAUUCGAUCAGCAGGUUGAUAUCGGUUGCUUAACUGUAUGUCUCUACCCAUGUUGGGGUCUUGAUUAACACUAGGUCAAUAGGUCAUUUAAAUUGAAAUAGCAAACCUGCUCAAGAUGCAGGAAUUUCGAGUCUCUAUUAAAAUGGGGCCUAACUCCACCUCUAAACCUGUAUUAACCUUACAUACUCCAUCCAAACAAUUCAUAAUUCAACAAUCCACAUCAAUAUAAAGCGACAAGGCAUUUGCAUACCUAAGAAACAAUAAAAUCGGUAUCAACAUCAUACUUUACUAGUUUAAUCUUUAGAAAGAGUUCGACUAAGACAGUGUGAUGACUUCAUAGAGCAAAAACUAAGAUUGUCCUUGACAACUCAGCCAAAGACCAUAACAAACUCAUAUAUAGUUAUAAAGGCUCCCAUGGAUAAUGUGGAGUUUACGAGAAAACUUGAACUGUAACUAGUCAAUGUCUGAGCUGAUUGCUUAAGCGUAGAAUCAAUAGUCAAGGAUAACAUAAUCCAAAAGAACCAAAACUAUAUAGCACAAUCUAAUUAAUAAGGCUGACUAUGGAGAUAUAGUCAAGAGGAACAAGAAUCUUCACGGAGAAUAAUUAUCACAAACUUGAUAAAAACAAAAGAAGGAAUAAUUAUCACAGAAAAAUAUGGAAAUAGUGAUAGCUGGUACACUAACAGAGUUGUGUCUCCACAUGGUCAUGGACUGCAGAGAUAUAUUAGAACUCUAUUGCCUGAGUUUCACAUACAUACUUCUCUGGAAAUUUGGGAUGGUCAGAAAAUUAGAUUCUGGAAGGAUAUUUGGUUGGGAGAGUCCUGAAUUGGUAAUUCAUCCUGAUGCAACUAUAGCUCAUUGUAGAGCUGGACAGAUUUGAGGCAUCUCCUUUAGAAGGGAUUGCCAAGAGCGAGAGUUUAGAGAACUUGAUUCAGCUUAUCACCAGAUUAGAACAUAGCAACUGGUUCACCAACGGGAAAGACUUUUUGAGAUGGCUCAUGAUAGAAAGGCUUAUACGUUAAAUCAAGUGGACUUUGUGGUUGAUGAUCAUGUCAAUGCUGAGGAGGAAGAGGGGACCGUGGUGGAGUUCAGAGUAGUAGAUGAUGAAAAUGCGAUUGGAGGAAGUUCCAGUGAAGAGGCGCUUCACCAGGUGCAUGAUGUCAAGGUGGAUCAAGAUCUUCCUGAUAGGGAAGUCCUUUUAUUAGAAGAAGCACAAUGUCUAGAUAGUUCAACUUCAGAUGAACCUUAUGUUGGCCAGGAGUUUGAAUCUGAAGCAGCAGCACAUGCAUUUUAUAAUACUUAUGCAACAAGAGUUGGUUUUAUCAUCCGGGUUAGCAAGCUUUCACGAUCUAGGCGUGAUGGCUCUGCUAUUGGUCGAGCACUAGUUUGCAACAAGGAGGGCUUUAGAAUGCCUGAUAAGCGGGAAAAGAUUGUGCGACAAAGAGCAGAAACUAGGGUUGGUUGCAGAGCAAUGAUAUUAGUUAGAAAAGUAAGCUCUGGAAAAUGGGUUGUGACAAAAUUUGUCAAGGAGCACACUCAUCCAUUGUGCCCAGGCAAAGGUCGUAGGGACUUGAUCUAUGAUCAAUAUCCGAACGAGCAUGACAAAAUCCGGGAGCUAUCUCAACAACUGGCAGCUGAGAAAAAGCGAUCUGCAACAUAUAAGAGGCAUUUGGAAAUGAUAUUCGAGCACAUUGAGGAACACAAUCAAUCUCUGUCCAAGAAGAUCCAAGAUAUUGUACACAAUGUAAGGGAGAUGGAGUCUAGAGAUCAACAUCAUCAUAGAUAGUUUUACCAUAAUUUGCCUUUGUUGAUAUUAGAGUAGAGAAAUGGCAGAGUGUAGAACUUGUUAAGAUCAUAAUGAUUACUAUCUUGGCUUCCCCCUUUUUUAACUCUCUCCCUGUUAUUCUUUUCACUUCUUUGGGAAGAGCAUGAAAAUUUAAAACCAGUUCAUAUCUCGUUUUCACUGUUUUUUUUUUUUCAUUUUCCUUUUCGGUUAGAAUUGUGGAAAUGUUGGAAGAAUAGGUACAGAAUGUCUAUUUCUGGUGCAUCCAUUGUAACAUUCUUUUGGAAGGUUGAAUGUAUCUGUGAAUGAACCUUUUUCCAUUUUGUAAAAUCUCAAAGUUCAUUUCA